GUGGCAGCAUAUGACUUCACUCUUCCAGUUAAUACUCCUCGGGCUGACAUCCCAUUGACGCAGCCAAGCCCUGCAUCUGCAGCUUCUGUUGGAUCUGUAAAGGACGUUGUUACUCCUCAGCCACAGAUGGUGGCCGUGGCUCUUCCAUUCUGUAGAGUUAAAGCAGUUGCUUGUCCUGGGACAUACACAUCUGAAAUGUCUGUUUAUCUAAAUGAUAAUCCAUCACAUUACAAAAUAACAUUGUCUGGCACUGUGAAGUCACCAAAACUGAAUUUUGAUCCUCCCUUUUUAAUGCUGAUGCCAGUUCCUCUGGAUGUGAAAACUGAAACAGCCAUCAAUAUUAUUCCACAAGAUUACUUAAGGCAAUCACAAAUUCAAGUUGAACUUCCGGAGGUUGAACUUGAAGAUGGUGACAGGAUUUACCCUUUUUCUGUACAGUUCCCGGAAGGGCAAGAUAUUGUUCUUUCAUCAGAUAGCACAAAUAAGGAAUUAAUUUGUCAUAUCAGCUUCAGAUCAUCUAGGCCAGUGUCAUUUUUAGGGAGUAUGUUCUUCAUUGAUGAAGAAGGAAACAGGUUCUCAAUUCAAGUUGCUGCAACAGCAGAGAAUUGCCUUCUUACUUUAUACCCAUAUUUGGCGUUUCACCGCUAUGAUCAACAAGUUAUCUUGAGAACCAACAGUAAAGACUGCAGUAGCGGAGAAGUCAUUUUGCAUCCAUAUUACACUUCACAAUCACAGUCCUGUAGUAUUUCUUCAAGUUCCUUUGGUGCAACCACUGACUCAACCUAUGAAGAUUCUCAAUCGGAGUCAGAUACUAUUGAAAGUGAGAGUGAUGAAGACAGGAGUGAAGAGAGUGAUGAAGAGAGGAGUGAAGAGAGUGAAGCUGUCAGUCAAAGUGGUGGGAGAGAAAAUGAGUUUGAAUCGUCUUUUUUUCCUGAUGAGGGCAAAAAGGAAUUCAUUUUCUUUCAGAAAACACUAACUGCUGUUAAGAAUUGGUUCACUCUCUUUGGUUGGUCUAAGGGACAAAAUCCUCUUUCAAUACCAUAUUCACUAAGAAGUGAUGUGUGUAAAGUCCAGAUGACCUCUUCUCAAGAACAGGUUUUUAGACAAGACCGUGGCAAAGAUACUAAGACUGUUUAUGACAUGUUAUUCCAUCUGAGUGGACAGUUUUUGCCAGGUAUUCCAUCGAGCCAGUCAUUGCCCCUUGAUCCAGUUGAACGAAUGUUACAGCUCCACUGGCAGCAUUCUGCAUUGCUUGCUUUCCUUAAAAGCCACGGAGCAUAUCUUCCUCAUGUUAUGCCAGAAUUUCUGCUGGAACCUGAUGAUUAUAAAAAAUGGAUUAAAAUGCAAACUGAACUGAAGGGUCACACAGCUGAGUUGAAAAAAGGAGAUGUGAAAAACUCAGACAUAUUUAGUGACAAGCAUCUAUUCAUUCUGGAGGACAGCAUAUUUGAGAGAAUGAGCAAACGAGCUUGGACAGAUGUGCUACUGCAGACAUACAAGGUCUUUGUUCUUCAACGUGUUUCUUCGCAUAAUAUCACUGAUCUGUUCAGCUUGGAAAGUCUUCACAGCAUGCCAAGAAUAAAGUUAGAACCUUUAUCCAGCAAUAUAUAUUCUCCAUAUGAACGAACCAUCCUCACCUGGUUGAAUAAACAUUAUGAGAAGUAUCGAAAAAUUGUGUGGAGAGAUUGUCAAAAAG